AGUAGUUCGAACCAGUUUCACUUUCCGACUCUCAUCGCAACUAGUAGGCUAGCCUACCAGAAGUGUAUCUCGGAAAACUAUCAAUGUGAAACGCAUGUUAAGAGUCUGCAAUUAUGGCCAUGGUGCUGGAUAUAAAUAUGAAGUCAUCCGACCUCAUCAAGAAAGAGCCAUUGGACUACGGGGGAUUUGGGGAGGUCUAUCUCUGCUAUCACAAAACACUUGGCCAAGUAGUCAUGAAAACUGUGUACACAGGUCCACCGCGAAAUGAAGGUCAUCGCCAAUCUCUGUUGGAUGAGGGCAGUUUGAUGAAGAGACUGAAUCACGAGAGGGUGGUCAAGUUGCUGGGCGUGAUCCUAGAGGAUGGGGACUACUCUCUGGUCAUGGAGCUCAUCCCAAAGGGCAAUCUGCUGAACAUGCUGGAGGAGGUGUCUGUUCCACUGUCCAUCAAAGGAAGAAUUAUUGCAGAGAUACUUGAAGGCAUGGUGUACUUAACAGGGAACCGUGUCAUUCACAAAGAUUUGAAGCCAGAGAACAUAUUGGUGGAUGAUGGCUUCCAUAUUAAGAUUGCAGACCUGGGUUUAGCCACUUGUCAGAUGUGGAGCAAAUUGACCAAGGAGGAGUCUCGCAGGAAGAGCCAAUCAGGUCGUGGCGGCUGUGCGCGUGGGGCAGGCACCCUUUACUACAUGGCCCCUGAGCACCUGGAGAGCAUACACACCCGCUCCUCCGAGAAGUCGGACAUCUAUAGCUUUGCCAUCGUCGUCUGGGUAAUCCUGACCAACAGCGAACCAUAUGAGAAUGCUAGGUCUGAGGACCAUAUCUGUCAGUGUGUGCGCAAGGGGGAUCGGCCAGAAGAAGAGAGAAUUCCAGAAGACACGCCGCAAGAGAUCAUCUCGCUGAUGAAGCAGUGUUGGGACCAGGACCCUCUAAAGCGCCCAACCUUCAAAGAGGCUUAUGAGCAGUUCCUCCCCUUCUACAAAGAGCGCCUACAGAAUGACGUGGAGAGGGAUAUUCAGAAACUCAAGGGCUUGUACACUGGCCCAAAGGAAUUGGUGGAGAAGAUGAAAUUUCUCAGAAUGAGGCACCCCGACCUGAUCGCACCCGAAAAGCACAAUAUGGCCACUCAUGCCACUGACACCCCAGCGUCUCUGCGGAGCUCCGAGAUGGCUCCUGUGGAGGCCAGCAUCGAGGACCUGCACUUCAGUGCCGUGGGCCCUGAGCCGAGCCUACAGGUGGACGCGUCCCCGGUCCUGGAGCACAAACUGGCCCAGGAGCUGAACUACCACAAGCACGGCAGCUACAGCCAGUUUGACCAGCCCGAGAGUGGGCACUGCCAGCCGCUAUCACAGCCACCGAUUCCCUCGUACAGCACGCCUGCCGCCGCCUACAUGCCGCAACAGCAAUCACCGCCAAUGCCCACCAACGGUCGCUGGUACUGCCAAGAGUCAUCCUCUGUCAAUCCGUGGACCAAAGCUGACACCACCCCGCAAAGCCCAGAGGACAAUUCCAUGGCUCGCUCUAUUGGUGGAGGAGCGCUGGAUGCAAGGUACCGGAGCCAGAUGUCAGGAGGGAGUGCGUAUUCUGAUCAGCACCCCCCCUUGGAGCGGAAUAUGUCCUGCCCCAACUACCCUGUGCCGGAGUCAGAUUACAUGCCUGGCAAUAUGCGAGGUAACGUCGGACGAAUGCAUUCCCAAGAAGGUGGCCUUCACAUUGUUGGGGGCCGUGCCAUCCAAAUUGGACACGGUAACACAAUGAGUAUCGUCUCCCCUGAACCGGCCUCCAUUGCGUCUCAGUCUAACGGAGGGUCCACUAUCCUGUACAAAGAGCUCCUGCAGAAGUACCAAGACCACGCCGUGACUGAGGACCACCUGCAGCUGCUACGGGAGAACAUCGCCAGCAACUGGAAGCGAUGCGCCCGGCGCCUGGGCCUGACCGACGUGGAGGUGGACACCAUCGACCACGACUACAGCCGCGACGGCCUGAGCGAGAAGGUGCACCAGAUGCUGGAGCGCUGGCGCAUGAAGGAGGGCAGCGUGGGCUGUACAGUGGGCCGCCUCUACAGGGCGCUCAGCGACUGCGUCAAGGUGGACCUGCUGCACCGCCUGCUGCACACCUGCCGAGAGAGCACGGCCCCAUGAGUGACCGAAGAAAGGAGCCGUCCCCAGACAGGCGACUGAAACAUCUGUCAAUCUGCCAAGCACCCACUGGCUUCACAACAGACAUCAACUUUAUUUGUGAGACAUUCUCAAAAGAGCCCAAACAAAUGAGUACGAUGAAUGAUGAAUGAAUGAAUGAAUGUUUUAUAUAUCUACAUGCAAGCUCCUACCUGGCCCCCAGUCUCAUGGUCUUGCCUGUAUCGUGGCCUCCUUUACCUCUUUGUUUGGAUGACGACGGAAUGACAACAGAGCAGUGUCUCACCAGAAAACACCAAAUCAAAACAGUUUGGACCAUGUUGGUCCAAUAGUGCUGUCAUUUAACUGAUGAGGUACUAAUGAUGAGGAUCUGGUUCAGUAGGUUUGACAGGUCAAAUUGUUUUAUUGAAUUGUAUCAUAAACUGUCAAAAUAAUGUCAAGUUAUUGUCAAGUUAUGUUUAAAGGGAUAUUCCACCAUUUGGGGAAUUACGCUUAUUUUCAACCUCCCACCCAGAACAUGAGCAUAAUUCCCCAAAUGGUGGAAUAUCCCUUUGAAACUAGGGUUGCAAGUAACAAUUUGUUUGAUAUUUGAUUAAUCUGUAGAUAACCAGAGCAGUUUGCAAAUCAUCUUGACGGGCUUUAUAUGGUGAUGGACAGAUGAGCAACGGUGCCUAGUCAUGUCACCUGAGCACGCUUGAGUUGAUUUUGUUUACACCAAAAAGGCUGUCUCUAUAGAAGCUAGACAUGGAGAUUUCCUUAUUGCGUCUGUUGUGCAUCUGUUGAGGGAACAGAUUAAGGCAUUUAUGGAGAAGAAGGAUGUUUUGACUGUCCUCCCUAUAGUAUUCACAUACUGUAUUUUGUUGCUCUGAUUGGUUAGGUCUAUCCAAUUGUGUGCAGAGGCAUUUUUCCCCCUGUUGAAACCCGCCCCAUAAUCACAUCCCAAUGGUGUGGUACCAGACUCAAAUUCUGAAUAGAAUUGAGGUGGUGUUUAGACGACAACGAACACGAUGCAGUGAUAUUUUUCUGCAUUUGACCUUGUCAUUUAGACACAAAUGGAGGUUUUACCCCACCGCAAACGGUGUUUUUAAAAACUCUGCGCUGAUCGUUUUUUUGAUUGUUUUUUUUUUAAAACUCUGUUUGCUUGUUUGCGUCUAAACAGGUCCAAACAGAGAUUUAUGUGACAAGGUGGAGAUUUUUAGUCAGUUCAAAAGAGAAGGAGGAAGUGAUUUGUUGCUGUUGUUGCUAUUUUCGGGAUUCUGAUUGGCUAACGUGUGCUUGAGCUUCUCGUUACACACUGAGAAGCUCAAGCACACGUUAUAUUAUACACGGGUUAGUGUAAACGAAAACUUUUCUGAAAACUGACAGAUGUGCACAAUGUUAUUUUUUCAAACGGAGAGGGUGAAAUGUCCGUUUAUAAAAAUAGCCAGCCACGUGUAAACGUAGCCUGAGUCUAACUACGUCAGGCUACAUGUAGUAUGUUUUUUUUUUUGCACAGAUUUAUAAGAACUUGUGAAAAUUGGCAUCUUGUAAACAUUGCCUUUAGUACAAUAGGCUAUGUCAGAAAAAGGCAAUGUCAGAACAUUUUUUAUUUAAUUCCCUGGCCAUGUCCUUGUGGGAAUUAACCUAGAAAACUGUGAAAAAAUGCAUAUUAGUCUAAAAGAUUGAUCAUGAAUUUUCCAGAUAGGUAUUGAAUUGACUACUUUAUUGAUUAGAUCGAUCAAUUAAAUUAUUUAUUUUUGCACAUCCACAAACACAACAGAAGUGAAGUCCUACAAGCCCCUCUGCCAUGUAUAGAAGCACACACGCGCUGUAUUGUUAAAUCUCAAAGAGCCUAUAAAACAAAAUGAAAAAAACAAAACAAAAAAAACAUGGAGAAUCAUGGUGUCAUUGUAAUGCUGGCCUUAGUUAUUGUUGGACAUGCAUGCCAGUGGUUUGCUAUGUGAGGGACAACUAUAGCCUCAUAUUUGUUAAAUGUUGUCUUAUUGUAUGUUUUAAACUUGUCCACUGGAGGAAACUAACAAAAAUAUUUUUUUAUAUGAUACUAAACCCAACAGGCUCAAGAA